AUGACAUCAGAAGUCAUUCCCAGAACAGAGUGUUCCAGAAUUGAGUCUUGGACUGAUCUCAAUGUCUGGGAGAGCCAUCUACUCCUUAACCUAGUGGUAAGCCUGUACAUGCUGGUACUGGCCUCCCCCUGUAUGAAUAAAUGCAGAGGAGUCAGGUUCAGCAAUCCAUUUAGGGCUGCCCCAGGUGUAGUGGACACGGCUCCCGUUGCUAGCAGAGAGUCAUCUUUGGUUUUCGACCCCAACGCUGUCCCGUAUGGCGGGCUACAGUCUCCGUGUCUUGCGCUGGUUCAGUAUAAUUAUUAUCAACUUCUCUUUUCUUCUCUUCUAGAUGUUUUAUCCACAAAUCCGUCGCCGGCCUGCGCCGCGUGGCCGCCGUGCCCCUGCCCGCGGCUGCUGGGCCGCGCCGACGCGCUGCUGCGCCAGCUGCACCACCGCUGGCGCUGCCUGCUGUUCCGGCGCGCCUUCGACCAGACGCAGCGCAACCGCAUGCGCGAGAAGGUGACGGCCAGCGUGCUGUUCAAGGGCCGCAAGGCGCUGUACGCGCGCAGCGUGCCGCACCCGUUCGUGGGCGACUACGUGCGCCUGCGCGCGUCGGGCUCGUGGCGCCGCGGGCUGGGCGCGCCGCAGGCCGCCGACCGCUACGUGGUGUUCGCCGACGUGGUGCGCAAGCUGCGCGCGCAGGGCGCGGGCGGCGCCCGCCGGCUGCUGGCCGUGCUGUCCACGCACGCGCUGCUGCUGCUGGACGCGCGCUCGCUGCGCCUGCGCCGCCGCGUGCCCGCGCACCAGGUGUACCGCCUGUCGCUGUCGCCCUUCGCCGACGACCUGCUGCUGGUGCACGUGCGAGCGGUGAGCGGCGCGCGGCGCCGCGGCGACCUGGCGCUGCGCUCGUGCCACGUGCUGGAGCUGGCCACCAAGCUGUUCCUGGUGGUGCAGAACGCCUGCGGCGCGCCGCCGCACGUCACCGUGGCGCCGCAGUUCGAGGCCAGCCUCGGCGGCCAGCCCGUGGCCGUGGCCUUCCACGCGCCGCCCGACGCGCCGCACGAGUCGCGCUCGCCGCGCCUGCUGCGCCGCGGCAGCCGCCUCGACGUGCUGCUGUGA